UCUCUCCACCACAAGCACAAGAAAAGAAGAACACAAAUUAGUACAUACCAACACUCCAUCGACUUCAAAAAUGUCUGGCUGGGUUCAAGAGAAGUCUGGCGAGGCCACGAAGAUGGCAUCCAAGACGGGGCAGUCCAUCCAGGACCGCGCCGUCGAGGCAAAAGACCAGACCGGCAGCUUCCUUGGCGAGAAGAGUGAAGUUGUCACGAAGGCUGCCUCCGAGACUACGGAGGCAGCCAAAAAGAUGAGUGGCGAGGCCAUGGCGAAGGCCCCGGUCGCCCCCAAGGAAAAUGUCUUCCAACAGGCUGGCGGGAAUAUGGUGGGUGCCGCUACGGAUGCCAAGGAUGUUGUCAUGAACACACUCGGGAUGGGAGGAGGCAAGUGAGAUGAGGGUGGUGCUACCAAGAAGACUGAAGGAAAUAUACCCUAGAGGCAAUAAUAAAGUUGUUAUUUUAUAUUUCCUUAUUUCAUGAUAAAUGUUUAUUAUUCAUGCUAGAAUCGUAUUAAUCGGAAACUUGAUACAUGUGCGGAUACAUAGACAAAACAGCGUGUCCCUAGUGAGCCUCUACUAGACUAGCUCGUUGAUCAAAGAUGGUUAAGUUUCCUAACAAUGGACAUGUGUUGUCAUUUGAUAAACGGGGUCACAUCAUUAGGAGAAUGAUGUGAUGGACAAGACACAUUCGUUAGCUGAGCAUUAUGAUCGUUUAGUUUUAUUGCUAUUGCUUUCUUCAUGUUUAAAUACAUAUUCCUCCGACUAUGAGAUUA